UUGUCGUCUUGUGCCGGUGACUUAGUUGUGUUUACGUAUGCACACUUCUGCAGGCGUGUCCUCAGCGGCUCGGGCAGCUCUGCCAUAUUGGCACCAAAGUGAAAAUCUUUGUACAGUCAGCUGGAGUUAGCAGAGCACAACAAUCAACAACAACAGCCACAUUGUUGCAGCUGAGAUGAUCCACAGCCUGUUCCUGAUUAACCACUCAGGAGACAUCUUCCUGGAGAAACACUGGAAGAGUGUCAUCAGCAGAAGUGUGUGCGAUUACUUUUUUGAGGUCAAGGAGAAGGCAGUGGACCCUGAGAAUGUGCCCCCUGUGCUGCAGACCCCACACCACUAUCUCAUCUCCAUAUACAGGGGAAAGCUCUUCUUCCUGUCUGUCGUCCAGACUGAAGUUCCCCCGCUGUUUGUCAUCGAGUUCCUGCACAGAGUGGCAGACACAUUUCAGGACUACUUUGGCGAAUGCUCAGAAGGUGUGAUCAAGGACAACUUGGUGACAGUUUACGAGCUGCUGGAGGAAAUGCUGGACAAUGGGUUUCCGCUAGCAACGGAGUCCAACGUCCUCAAGGAGAUGAUCAGACCUCCCAAUAUCCUGCGAUCGGUCGUCAAUACACUCACAGGAGGUAGUAACGUUGGAGAUACGUUGCCAACAGGUCAACUGUCCAACGUCCCAUGGAGGCGAGCUGGUGUUAAAUACACCAAUAAUGAAGCAUAUUUUGACAUCAUAGAGGAAAUAGAUGCCAUCCUGGACAAAUCAGGUACGACAGUAUUUGCAGAGAUCCAGGGUGUGGUUGAAGCCUGUGUGAGGCUCACUGGGAUGCCUGACCUGACUCUAUCCUUUAUGAAUCCUCGUCUCCUCGAUGAUGUGAGCUUCCACCCAUGUGUGCGGUUUAAGCGCUGGGAGUCGGAGCGCGUCCUGUCUUUCAUCCCACCAGAUGGAAACUUUACACUCAUGACGUAUCAUGUCAGCUCUCAAAAUCUUGUAGCCAUUCCAGUGUACGUGAAGCAGAGCAUCAAUUUCUUUGAGACGGGAUCUUGUGGUCGUCUGGAAAUCACCAUUGGACCAAAGCAGAACAUGGGGAAGACAGUGGAGGGCUUGAUGGUCACUAUCCACAUGCCUAAAGUUGUGCUCAGUGCCAACCUCACAGCCACACAGGGAAACUACACCUAUGAUCUCACUACCAAGGUGCUGGUUUGGGACAUUGGGAAGCUAAACCCCCAGAAGCUUCCUAACUUGCGAGGCAGUCUUAGUAUGCAGGCAGGAGCCCCCAAACCUGAAGAGAACCCCUCACUCAACAUCGAUCUAAAGAUACAGCAGCUGGCCAUAUCAGGUCUUAAAGUGAGUCGCCUUGACAUGUAUGGAGAGAAGUACAAGCCAUUUAAAGGUGUCAAAUAUCUGACGAAAGCGGGGAAAUUCCAAGUUCGGACCUAAGUGACGAUUAUCAGAGGCCAAAGGUUGGCAAUCCAUUGUGCCAAAUAGGAGGCCAGGUUAACACAAUGCUGAGUCAUCUCGCCAAUAAGGCUUACAUGUCCUUGUUGUUAACAGUUCUGCAUUCUUACAGUUAUUUAUUAUAUGUUUGGCAUUAAAUAUACACACACACACACACACACACAUAUAUAUAUGUAAACACACAGUACCUAUAAAAAAAGUCCACUUCUUCAGAGGUUUUCCCUUUUUACUGUUUUAACCAUAGAGGGUAUAUAAAGAUCGACGUAGCAUCUGGCUCCAAAAUUGAAGCCAACCCGAAAGUGUCAAAAACUUGCAAUAUCACGCCGUCCGCUAGGGUUGGCUCCAAAAAGCUUUUGCUCCAUAGACCCCAAUUCAUUUUUGGAAAAAAUAAAAUUUGAUAGACUGAUUUUCUACAGCUCAGGAUUUUUUUCCCGUUAGUUUUCAUGGUCAAAAUGAGAGAUCAGGUGGCCGAUCUUAAAAUAAAUCAAUACUGAAUUUGAAAUAAAUCGUUAAAGUUGGCGGAGCUAUACUUGAUUGACAGUCCCAUUGCCUGGUCCUGCCUCUAGUUGCUCUCCGGUCCAGCCUGUUUGAUGACGCUUUUUACGUCACUGGCUCCAAAAAAAUCCAAAAUGGCGACCAGGAAGUAGCAAAAUCCGGGCUUCAUUUUCUCGGUGUUGAAACCAACGGGUUACAUCACGGUUAGUUCACGCCUGAUUUUAACUUAUUAAAUCAUGGUCAAUAUAAUUAGUUUUUUUGACAAGAUUUUAGAAAGACAGAUUCUUUCGUGUCCAACAGUGUCAAUUAGACAAAAAACUUACAAAAACUACAGCAUUAAUCAUGUUGGGAUAGGUCUCAAUCAGCUUUGCUAAUCUCAACACUUCUAUUUUACACUAUUCAUAUUUGCAGAAUUACUCAAGCUGUGCCAUGUUGUGAGGGAAUCAAUGAAUAGCCUUUUUCAAGUCAUGAUGCUGCCACCACCAUGCUUCAUAGCAGAGAUGGCAUGUUUGUAAUGAUGGACAGUGUUUAGUUUCUGCUGAACAUAGUGGGAUUGCCUAAAAGCUCAAUUUUGGUCCUAAUCAAACCAAAGAACAUCCUUCCAGUCGACUUCAGAGGCUGUCCCAUGCUUUCUGGCGAACUCUGGUGGAAUGUGACUUUCGCUUUCUGUCCUAUAAAGCUUUGACAGGUAAAGAACAGGUAAUAGUUGUUGUAUGGAUAGUCUCUCCUAUCAAAGAUCCUUCAGAGGAAUCAUCAGUCUCUUGGUGGCCUCCCUAAAUAGUCUCUUUCUUGCUAGGUCAAUCAGUUUUUGAGGAAGGCCAGCAGUAUACAGAUUUGUGUCAUAUCAUCCAUUUCUUCAUGAUGGAUUUAAAUUGUACUCCAAAGAAUAUUCAGUGACUUGGGGAAUUUCUUGCGUUCAUCCCCUGACUUGCCUUUUCAUGGAGUUACUUUAAGUGUUGUUUUUAAUGGUGUAGUUAUAGGCAGUAGUACUUACUCACUUGUGACAAGACCUUCCAGAUAAAGGCGUCAUUAUACUGCAGUCAUAUGAGACACUUUAACUGCAGUCAGUGUGAUCUCUUAACUAGAACCUGUAUUUAAUUAGGUGAGUCACUUUGUAGUUAAUAUAGUUGACAGGAAAUAAUUUGACAUGAAAGACUCAUUUUAUAAAUUGUUGUCAUAAAAGCUAAAUUAAAUUGUCAAUGAUUCAGUGUUGAUAAGCAAUAAAAGAGGGAAAAUAUUUGAGGAGGGUGAGCACUUUUUAGAGGCGCUGUAUAUGUGAUUAAAUGUUUCUGUGCCUGUAAAGGGAAGCCUUAACAAUCAGUAUGAAUUUUUUGAAGUGCUAUUAGUUUCUAUCCAGUUUUAAUGUGCUGCAAUGUAUUAAUGACUCCUCUGUUUUUUGGAUUAUUUUUUUAUUUUUUGUAUCUAACACCGUCUGAGUGUUGCUUAAGGGGAAUAUUUUGGUUUGAAAAAGGACAUUUAUGGUUCACUGCCUUGUUCAUCACUUCACCACCACAAUCAAACAAUCAUACCUGCAUGCUGCCUGAAAGCCAACAGACAUGCCUUCAAAAACCUUUUUGCUUAAGGUAGACAGUUUUAUAUAUAUGUUUAUUUUUCAAAAAUCUAAUGUGGUGUGUCUUGAGGCACUGUCUUUAGUGCAGGUAUUUUUGCACAUAUUCACUCUUUAUUGUGGCCUUUAUAGAGUACAUAAAAUGCUUUGUGCAGCACAAACUGCAUGUUUCAGACACCAGAGGGAAAAAUAUUUUAUAAAUACGUAAUCUUACAUCGAAGGUACAAAGUUUGGUGUAUGAAUGGCAUAGUCACAACUUGUGUAAGAAGCACUCUGAAAGCUACAAGAUUCUCACAUAAUCUUGAUUGCAACCUCUUUUAUAUACGGUCUGUGUUCUUUAAUCAGCACAGCAUUUGCACAAUCAGUUGUCCACGUGGAAAAUACUACUUAAAGCUCUUGUAUUAAGUUGAAUCUGUAUUUCUGUUUAUAAGAUAUCUUAUAAAAACUUUGAAAAUUUGA